UGUGAGGCGAGCUAACCUACCAAUCCGCCACCAACCCAGACCACGGAGACCGGAAGGGGGGAGCCCAACCGCGGCGAGGGUGCGUGCGUGCCUCGGGGCCGCCGCGCCGGGGUCCUCCUCCUAUGCCCGCCGCCGCCCGGCGAUGCCCAGCCCACUGAAGGAGCGCUCCACCGGCCGACUCGGCCGCCUCCUCGCCGCGCUCCGCCCCGAGCGAGCUGGCCCGCUCCCCGUCCAGACCGGCUUCCCCACCUCCCUCGCUGACCUCGUCGUCAAGAACCAUGGACGCCUCAAGAAGCCCUCCGCCUCGGCGGCCGCGGCCUCCAGGCGCAAGAAGCGCGGCGGCGGGGCCGAGGCUUCCCCCGCGCCUUCCCCUUCGCCCUCGCCCUCCACGCAGCCUUCCUCUUCGCCGCCACCUCCGCCGCCUGCGGCCUGCGCCUCCGUCUCGGUCUCGCCGUCAGCCCAGCCGAGACCGGACCUCCCGCCGGUGGAGGCUGUCCUCCGCCAUCAACCCAAAGGCCGCGUCUUUGGCCUCGGUUUGGGGUUCGUCUCGCUCGUCGGCGUGGUGUCGCUCGCCCUCCUGGUGAUCUGGAGCAAGAAGGUGGUUGCGGCCGUCACCGUCGCCUCAUUCUCGCUAUUCUUGCUCGAGUCCGUCAGGUCCUCCGCGCUUUGCCGGCGGCGGCCGCCCUCGCCGCUUACCAAGAAGCUGGAUUUGGACGGACGCGGAUACGUCUCGCCGAUCCGGGAGGUGGAGCAGCUGCCAGAGCCGCCGAGGCCAAGCUUCUCCGGUUCCAGCAGGCGGAGCGAGUUCUCCAUCCUUGCCAUUGAGGAAAGAAGCGAGGCAGGGGAUGAUUCAAUCGGCGCCAUUGAAGAGAGAAUCGAGGUAGGCGACGAUCCAAGCAACCCGAAGGCGAAGACCAAGAAACGGUCUUGGAGGAAACUAAUCCCCCGCAAGUUACAGAAAGGCAGGAAGGGCAAGGAGGCGGAUUCGCCGCCGGGUUCCUUCCGCACCGAAGGCAACAGAACGGAUCCCACGGCCAGCGGCAAUGCCCAGGCCACGGAUAACUCGGAGCCUCGCCAUGGAAUGCGCACCCAAGCGGACGCGGUUGCCCAAUCGGUGGAUUCUUCGGGCUCCUUCCGUAGGAACGGCGACGGAAUGGACGCCGAGGUGGACAGCAACGCCAGGCGGAUAGCGAUCGACGCUCCGGCCGAUGAUCUCGCCGGAGGGGACGGCAGCCUGGGAGGGAUCCGGUUCCCCGUCGUAGUGGCUGUCGCCGUCACUCUUGUAGGCCUGGUCGCCGGCAAGCUCGCGGCCGUCGCGUUCACCGUGCUCUGCGCCGUGUUCUUUAACUCGGUCCAGAGACCGCCAGGCUAUGACGGCAACGGUGGUGAUCGGAGGAGCUUUCCAUGGUGGUUUAGGAACCAAAGAAAUCAUCUUGUUGUAAAAUAGGGGCAGAAAAGAGGGGGAGAGCGAGUGACAAAAGGUGCAGAUAUAUAUAUGUUUGUUCUUUCUUUUUCAUGCUUGCAUUCCUUCCUGAACUGGAAAACGAAGUGCAAUGUUUAACUUAACAACAUUAGAAUCUCGCCCCCCUCUCUGUGUGCAGUUCAUCCUAAAUUGAAUUACAGCUUUCUUGGCUUC